UGUAAAAUUUAAAUGUAAAAAAAAAAAAUGUAAUAGUGCAAAAUUGAAACGAUAUUCUACUAAUCUAAAUAAAUUAUCGUAUAAUAUAAAUGUAUACAUGACUUAAAGACAUCUUUUUUGGAUAAAAAUUCGGGUUAUGACGUUAUGAUGUGCUCAUCAAUUCAAAUGAUCAUUAAUUAUAUUUCUUUUCUAUCAGUAUAUAUUUUUUUAAUGAAAAUAUAUUUUCUUAUAAUUAACCUUCACAAAAAAUGUUUUUAAAGGCUGAUCUGUCGAUUUUGCAUUCUUCAACAAGUAUUGUGAUAAGACCGCGUGUUUAGUUUUAAUGUCACUUGUAGCAAUUAUAAAUGUUACAAUUUUGAAAACAAACUUAUUAUUUUUGGACGAUGAUAAAAGAUAAUAAUUAUUUUAAAGGUUUUAUAAAUGUAGUGGAUCUUAUAAAUAUCGAAUAUUAACGACAAAAAAUGGAUUGUACAACGGGUAUUGUUACAGCAUGCAGUAAACAAAAUGGCUUAAAAUGUAAAAAGAUGGAAAUAGAUGAAAAUUUAUUGGAUAAAUUAUUGGAGUGUCGUCAUUGCUUAGACUAUCUUGAUACUAAUAAUAAAAUGUUGCCAUGUCAGCACACUUUUUGUAAAAAGUGUUUAGAUAUUGUUGUGGAGACCUUCAAUGAGUUACGCUGCCCUGUUUGCUACAUAGUUUUUGAUAAUGAAGUUGAUGAACUUCUUCCAAACAUAUUUAUCAUGCAAAUUUUAAAUGAUGACAAUUGUGCACAUGUUUACUCUAAUAAGUUCACUACCAAUAAAAAAAAAAAUCUGGAAAAUAUAUCUAAAACAGAAUUAAAAACAAGUGCAAAAGUUAUUUACAAUUAUGCAUCUAAAGAACCUGGACAUUUAGAAUUAAGUAUUGGAGAUUAUGUCACCUUAUUUCAAAAAGUUAAUAUUAAUUGGUAUCUAGGAGAAAAAGAAGGAAAUGUAGGCUUAAUUCCUCAGCCAUGCAUACAGCCAUUCAAUGUAAAAAUUGAAAGAAAUAAUAUGUUUAUUAAUGAUGAAGAUAUAAAUCAGUAUUUGGAAUUAAUUUCUCAUCAUUCUUCUGAUGACAUACUUAUUCUUAAUACAUCAUUUUACAAAACUUUGAAGUAUGAAGGAUAUAAAAAAGCUAGUAACUGGACUAAAGAUGUUGAUAUAUUUUCCAAAGAAAAAUUAUUGAUACCAGUAUUUGUGGAAGUAGAAAACCAUUGGUGUUUGAUUGUUGUAAAUUUUUCAAAAAAGACUAUUGAGUAUUAUGAUAGUUUAAAAAUACAAUAUUUUAUUUGUCUUAAAAAAAUAUUGAAGUAUUUAAUGAGAGAACAUAUAAUUAAAAAAGGUAAAGAUUUAAAAGCUGGAAAUUGGAGUUUACAUAUAUCUCGUAAAUGCCCACAACAGAACAAUCCAUGGGAUGGUGGUUUUUAUGUUUGUAAAUUUGUUGAAUGUUUGUCCAAAAAUCAGCCAAUAAAAUUUGAACAUUUGAAUAUGAGUAAAUAUAAAAAACAAUUAUUGUAUGAAAUUAAACAUAAAAAACUAUUGAAAUAAAUUUGUAUAAUGUGGUUUAUACAAUUUAUGUAAAAAAUAUUACAAGCUAGUAU